AUGAUUUUCUCCAUGCAAGACAGGAUCAUUGCCCGUUCAGCCUUGGGAAAAAAAUGCAAAUACCAACAAGAGUUUAGAUCACUGAUUAAGGAGGCAAUCAUCCUUGGAGAAGGCUUUUCUUUGCCUGAUUUGUUCCCUUCCCUCAAAUUCCUCCGUCACGUCACAAGGACGAAGCCUGCACUGGAGAAGAUACACCGGAAGAUUGACAGAAUUCUUGAUGAAAUCAUUGAUGAUCAUCAUGAGUUGAAAAGAGUAAAGACCAAUGUUGUUGCAUCUAUCACCACCAGAACUGAUGAAGUAUUGCAGGAAGGUCUAGUUCAUGUGCUUCUACAACUUCAGGAGUCUGGUGGCCUCCAAUUUGAUCUCACCAUCAACCACAUAAAAGCUGUCAUCCUGGACAUGUACUUGGCAGGAGCUGAGACUUCAGCAACAACCACAGAAUGGGCAAUAACAGAACUUGUGAAAAAUCCAAGAGCAAUGGAUAAAGCACAAGCUGGGGUACGGCACCUUCUUGCAGGAAAGAGGAAAAAUAUUCAAGAGGAAGAUAUUAAGAAACUAGACUACUUGAAGUUAGUCAUAAAAGAAACUCUACGGCUACACCCUCCUGCUCCCUUAAUUCCAAGAGAAGCAACUCAAAGAGUCAAAAUUGGAGGAUAUGAUAUACCAACAGAAGCCAAAGUUCUGAUCAAUGCUUGGGCAAUUGGGAGAGACCCAAACCACUGGGACAAUGCUGAUUGCUUUCUACCUGAAAGGUUUCAAGGUUCAUCUAUGGAUUUUCGAGGGACCAACUUCGAAUUAAUUCCAUUUGGGGCUGGUAAGAGAAUAUGUCCAGGCAUCUCAUUCGGAAUUGCAUCGGUUGAGCUUGCACUUUCUCAACUGCUCUACUACUUCAACUGGAAACUCCCCAAUGGGAAAAAGGUAGAAGAGCUUGACAUGACUGAGUCUUUGGGAAUGACCCCUAGGAGGAGGAAUGACUUGUAUGUUAUCGCCACUCCCUUCGUUCCAUAA